AAACAGCUCCUGCGGUUAUUGGUUGUGUACGUCGGAAAGCGAUAGGUUUAGGAAGAAUUAGGAAAAGCAAAAGAGUAGGAAAAGCAUGAAUUGCAAGAUUUUCAACAGCUAGGCACUGCUUUUUAUAUGACAUAAAACUAAUUUAAUAAUACAUUUAGCCGUAUGCAAGAGCAGUCUUUUACAACAGUUUCCGUACACAUAUAAUUUGGCAGCGGUUUAUGCGCAACUUUUUGAUGCGCUGUCUGAGGCGUUUGCGACAUUUGUGGCGCAUGCAAUCGCGAUUGACGAGUCGGCGGAGAGAGUGGGAGCGGCUGCGUGCGAUUUUCCCGAUUUCCAUCCAUCUCCUAGAUUCGAUUAGUUUAAUUUUUCAUUCAUUAAUUUAAAUAUUGGGCGACUUAGUGUAUGACUAAGAAAUUGCACGAUACACGAGAGCUCGAAGUGGGACCGGACAUAAGUCAUCGACGUCUCUGAGGACCAAGGGGGUGUUUCCAGAAGGAAUGUGACUCAUGUCCAGCUGAAAAAAGAACGUGACUGAAGUCUGUGUGGAAUUUGUGAGGUAUUGGUUCCAGAGUUAAGUUUUAGUCUGUAGUUCUAGAAACAAUCAAAAUGUUUAGUUGGCUUGAUGGACAUGAAGAGAAGAAGAAGCAUGUUGAAGUCUAUGAAACUGUGUUUGAAGGUCUGAAAAAGAUCUACAAACAAAAAGUGUUGCCUCUUGAAGAAGCAUAUCAGUUCCAUGACUUCCACUCUCCAAAGCUGGAUGACCCAGAUUUUGAUGCCAAGCCCAUCAUCAUGCUGGUUGGUCAGUACUCCACUGGAAAGACAACAUUCAUCAGGUAUCUGCUCGAGAGAGACUUCCCUGGCAUCAGAAUUGGACCUGAGCCAACCACUGAUGGGUUCAUUGCAGUCAUGCAUGGAGACCAUGAUGGCAUCAUCCCAGGAAAUGCAUUGGUGGUGGAUCCCAAAAAGCCAUUCAGGCCACUGUCAAAGUUUGGAAAUGCCUUCCUGAACAGGCUGCAAUGCUCCACUGUGAACUCAACUGUUCUCAGGUCCCUGACAAUCAUUGACACACCUGGCAUCCUCUCGGGUGAGAAGCAGAGGGUGGACAGAGGCUAUGACUUUGCCGGAGUGCUGGAGUGGUUUGCCGAGAGGGUGGACAGGAUCAUCCUGCUGUUUGAUGCUCACAAACUGGACAUCUCAGACGAGUUCAGGAGGUCCAUUGGUGCCCUGAAGGGACAUGACGACAAGAUCAGGAUAGUGCUGAACAAGGCAGACAUGGUGGACCACCAGCAGCUGAUGAGGGUGUACGGAGCCCUGAUGUGGUCUCUUGGGAAGGUGAUCGCCACCCCUGAGGUCUCCAGGGUGUACAUCGGCUCAUUCUGGGACCAGCCUCUGCGCUAUGACUCCAACAGGAAGCUCUUUGAAGCUGAGGCACAAGAUCUGUUCCUGGACCUGCAGUCACUCCCCAGGAAUGCUGCUCUGCGAAAGCUGAAUGAUCUCAUCAAGAGGGCAAGGCUGGCAAAGGUGCACGCCUACAUCAUAGCUGCUCUGAAGAAGGAAAUGCCAUCGAUGUUUGGCAAGGACAGCAAGAAGAAGGAGCUCAUCAAAAACCUGUCAGCCAUCUACGAGAGUGUGCAGCGAGAGCACCAGAUCAGUCCCGGAGACUUCCCAGACAUUGCACGCAUGCAGGAACGUCUUCUUCACGAAGACUUCAGCAAGUUCCAGCCGCUGAAGCCGCGCCUGAUCCAGAACGUGGACAAGAUGCUGGCCGAGGACAUCGCCAGGCUGAUGGCCAUGGUCCCGCUGGAGGAGAAGCAGAACAUGGUCCCCAAAGAGGACGGCAAGCCCAACAGCGGCCACACGGUUUCAGGCGGCGCGUUCGACGGCGUGCGCAGUGCCGACACGCCGUUCGGCUUCAACAAGUGUGAGGGGGCCGACGCCGGCGCCGGCGAGGCCGAGUGGGUGGUGAACCGCGACCGACCCAAGUACGACCCCAUCUUCUUCAGCAUGAACCCCGUGGACAACAAGGUCACCGGAGCAGCGGCCAAGGCGGAGAUGGUCAAGUCGAAGCUGCCCAACACGGUGCUAGGCAAGGUGUGGAAGCUGGCCGACCACGACAAGGACGGCAUGCUGGACGUGGAGGAGUUCGCCCUGGCCAUGCACUUGAUCAACAUCAAGCUGGACGGGCACGACCUGCCGGCCGAGCUGCCCGCCCACCUGGUGCCGCCCAGCCAGCGCGGCUUCUGAGCGAGCGCACACCGCUCAUAGUGGGGCGAGCGAGUGUGAGAGAGUGACGAACGGAGCGGGGAGCGCAGUACUAUCAGCGGUGUACGCUUCAGACCGGCACACCACCACACUAUGGCGGCGUUAUUUUUGUACUCGGCCGCAUUAUCACUCGCGCGGCGCCCGCUCUUCUGCAUGCUUCCUGUAUCCAGUUAUCCAGCGAGUCUGAUGUCUUCUCGAGGCCUUCAGCGGCGGGGCGCGCUCGGCCUGCCGCCGUCCCGUCCCCGUUUGGCGUCCCAGGCGCGCGGCCCGCCGCCGUCCCGUCCCCGUUUGGCGUCCCAGGCGCGCGGCCCGCCAACAGGCGGCGCCGCCGACCAACAAAUUAGUGCUUGUUCUGUCAGCGAGGGCGUCGCGGCGACCCUUCUGUUGCUUGACGGUGCCUUUGGCCGGUCUGUUUGUGUUUCUUCAGACGGCCGUGCGAGGCGAGCUCGCCUGCCGCGUGCGAGUGUGUACCCGUAGUGUCGCUCGUGUGUUGCCGUUGGUAGUUUGUGGCUAGGCCCGAUUGGUCACAGCGCACAGUCAGCUGGGUAUGAUCGUACCCGGAGCGGUUUCGACCCCUCGGACGAAAUCGUACGUGUCGCAGAAAUUAGCCGUGACGUCUAUAACGAUAUUGAACGAAUCCACGUACCGCCGCGGCGCAGUUAUUGGUUAUUGUUACUGGGCCACGGAGCUCUGAGCCCGCCUCGACCCACAGAGUAUUCCAGAUCGGUAGUUAUUUAUUUACGGUGUGCGCGGAGUCAUUGUAACGCGUUCGGUCCGUCCGCCGACCGCACACAGAUUAAAACCACAUAGUCACACGGGCGCGGCUAUCUAGGCUUAGGCAGGGAAAACGGUGGCGAAUACACCUAUAUUAUAUAUCAGAUGG